GUGGUUGGCACAUGCGCACAGGUUACUAGUCAGUCUCAGGGCAGCUGCCUGGAAGUGGUUGCCGUGGUAAUCAUCAUGGGGGGCAGUGAGAGCACCGGGAGGAAGGUGUCCUUCGGGAUGGAUGAGGAGGAAAGGGUGCGAGUGCUGCGAGGAGUCAGGCUCUCUGAUGAAGUCGUUAAUAGGAUGAAAGAUUCCGACUUGCCUUCCAAAGACCAAAGUACAUCGGCGGCCUCGGGGACGGCUUCAGCUCCUGCAGCCUUCCCUUCCAAAGCUGGGCCAUCAGCAAGCCAUCCAGCAAGCACAUCUACUGGUGGUGCUCACAAGCCAACGGCAGCAGGUGUAGGCCAACAGUAUGCAGAGGAGGAUCUCUACAGAAGGUAUGAGCGAGAACAGGCCAUCAUCCAGGAAGAGCUAGCUCGUCUUGCAAAGAGAGAGAGGGAGUCAGCCCAUGAGAAGCUCAGCGCCUCCAUCCUGCGGGAGAAGAACUCCACCAAUCAGGAGCGCAGAAAGGCUGAACACUUGUGCGCAUGUGUGGGAUCACAAAGAAAGAAGCCAGGAGGAAGAGGAUCACUUGCUUGCAGGUAUCCCGAGCCAGUGCAGUUUCCUGCUGACAGGGGAUAUCAGGCCAAGGAACUUGAGCAGAAAGAAGCCGAGCUGCAACGCUUAAACACUUUCUACAGGGAGCAGCUGUCCAGCAUUGAGAAGAAGAACUUGGAGAUUUACAGACUGACAGCAGAGCAGUAUCACACGGCAGCCACAAACGCAGAGCUGCGCGUAAGGCAGAGAAGCUACGACCCAGUAUGUAUGAAUCUGCAAGCUGAUAUCCUGAAAUGUUACUCUGAAAAUAAACAGGAGCGGCUGAACUGCAGCAAUCUGGCCAAGGAGUAUCGAAAGUGUGUGAGCGCGGCACAAAAGAACCUGCUGUUUAAUCACGGAUAAUUCCUCGGGAAAUGGCGGAGAGAGCAGAGGAGGACUGACCGUAUCACCGCUUAUACUUUAUAGCAAAUGCAGCAAAGCAGCAAAGCAAAACCGCCACUUAUUCCUUAUACAUAAUAUUAACUGGAAUGUAUGUGUGAGUACAUGAUUAAAGGGGAAGUUCACCUUAGAAUGAACUAUUAGUAAGGAUGUAGGCAUUGGUAUUCCAACUGGUCCUUCAUUUUAUGGUGUUUAAAUGAUUGACAUAUUUUUGGUUGAUCAGUUUGGCCCCAACACGAGGGUGAAGGAGAGAAGAUGAGAUUUUUCUGCACCAGGGAACAUAUUACUAUGGGUGCCACUCGCUGUAGGGUCAGAGCUAUAGAGGUGACUUUGGGUUGAGGUGCCCUGCUUGUUCACAUUGGGUGAUAAACUCAAUAUAUUACUAAAUUCAUGAAUUUAAAAUUUUAGGUUAGGACCUUAGCAGUGGCGCGAAUAGAUAUAGAAAUCCCUCCUCCCCAGCCGCUCUCCUACCUAAGAGUGGGCGGGUAGCUAGGGACGCGAUUGGACAGGAGGCAAGGGGGUGGGUCCAGGUAGGGUUGGCACACGUAGUUACCCAGCUGGACCUUAGCAACCAAGGAAGUAUCUGGGGUUUAUGGAAUGGUAUGGAACUGAUGGGAACUGGCACUCACUGAGAUUAACCUGAAAUUUUCCUAAAUAUAGAACUAUCAUUAGGGUGAAGACACACUGGGCUACUAGGAGCAGCUACUUUUUCACUGCUACUAAACCCCAGAAAAUACCCUGCCAUAGACAACACUGAGAAUUGCCUCUGCUAAAACACACGUAGAGACAAUUAUCAGUAAAUGAUCAGCACUGUCUAUUUUAGUAGCCGUGACAAGUAGCUGCUACUAGUAGCUCUGUGUGUCUUCAGCCUUGGGUGCUGCCUUUGAACAUUCCCAGCCAGUAAGUGUACAUUCGGCCCCUCCUCCAGUCUAACAAGACCGCACAUAUCGGCUGUAUCUCUGCCCCCCUUCCUGGAAGGUCACAUGUCUUGUUGUUAUUAGAGAUGUCUGCUAAGAAAUUGUGUAAGAAAUAAAAAUGUUGCUUGGUGAAACUGCCCGG